AAUAAAGUUCUCAAGCUACAUGUCUUCACUGCAAUCUCAAGAAAUCCAAUAGAUAAUUGUGAACUGGGAUGCUCUUCUAUUUUCCCAAAUACAGAGCAACCAAUAAUUAGAAAUGGAUAGAGCCACAAAAUCUCUUCCCAAAAGAUACGUGUGUGGCUACAAAUUUUCUAAGCAAACAAACCAAACCCAACCAACCAUAUGCUUUUUCAGCCUUUCUGGGAAAAACCUGUUCUUUUCUUUCUGGAUCACCCAGAAAUUAAGUAUACUGUUACAUGAGGUAAAUAGUAUGAACAAAACCUACUCCUACUAAGCUCUGUCUCAUGCACUUUGUGCCAUUGCAUUGAUAUCUCUGAGGUGUUCAUUUAGUCCCAUUUGUUUUCUUUGCACCACAAUUGUAUUGAUUUCAUGGUGGUUUUAAGCCUUCAACCUGUCCAAUUUACUACCCCUAAACAACUCUCAUAUUGUAAAACCAGCACCACUGGUUAUAGUACUAGUGUUCGAUGUGGGAUUGCAGAGCCAUCAGGAGUUCCAGCUCCUAUGGGGCAAAAGACCAAAUACAAUGAUGGAUUUUUUGAGAAAGCAUUCAUGACACUCUUCGCUCGCAAAAUGAAGAGGUUUGUAGCUCCAGUGAAAUCCAAGACUGAGAUUGAGGAAAAGAAAUGGUGGGAAUAUGACUAUGAGAGUUUUGUGGACGUAUCCAAGAGAGUUAUGCAGGGAAGGUCUCGCAUUCAGCAGCAACAAGUGGUUAGGGAGGUCUUGUUAUCUAUGCUACCUCCAGGUGCGCCUGCUCAGUUUAGGAAAUUAUUUCCACCAACAAAGUGGGCUGCAGAGUUCAAUGCUGCAUUAACAGUGCCUUUCUUCCACUGGUUAGUUGGGCCUUCUGAGGUUAUAGAAGUUGAGGUAGAAGGAGUGAAGCAAAGAAGUGGAGUUCGUAUAAAGAAAUGCAGGUACCUGGAGAACAGCGGCUGCGUUGGAAUGUGUGUGAAUAUGUGCAAGUUUCCUACUCAAGAUUUUUUCACCAAUGAAUUUGGGCUUCCAUUAACCAUGAUUCCAAAUUUUGAAGAUAUGAGUUGUGAUAUGGUGUACGGCCAAGUUCCACCACCGUUUGAAGAGGAUCCAGUGUCCAAACAACCCUGUUUUACUGAUAUAUGCUCCAUUGCAAAUCCCAGCGCCACUGUCUGUCCAAAGUUACAAGCUUGAAAGAUACUCUUCCUUAAUUCAAUUAGAACAAAGUAGUUCAAGUACAUUGCAAGUCCGGUAUCCAAAUUAAUGUGACAGCCAUCUUACAGUUCAACUUCAGUACAUAUAUUUUACGCAUGUUGAACACGGCAAUGUGUGGAGUUACAUUAUGCUUAUUAGGCUCAAACUAUAUGUGUGAACUCAAGACAGAAGAGAAUUUGUUUGUAAAAUACAGGGAUAAUAUAUUACUGUUUAUAUGCCCUCAUCGUUCAUAUAUACUUUGAUUUAUAGUUCAUUUGUACAAGAGUACUGAGGUAAACUUCCUCCCUAAA